GCGCAGUGAGCGGUUGAAAUUUCAGUAAAUGAAACGCGCAGCAAUGUGACAGCUUAAUUACACAGCCAGAAUAGUUGUGUUAUGUUAUAUGUGCACAAUCGCAGUUGAAGCUCUAUAUAGUGUAGUUAAAUAGAAUUACAGGAAAAUAUGGGCAAUGUGCAGACGCGACCAUUGGAGCCGCGCAAUGCGACAAAUAGACGAAGCAGCAUCCUGUGGAACUUUCGUUAUCCAAAUGCGAGCAGACGUCGCGACGAUGUCGCAAUGAUUGUGCACAACUCGAGGCUGAGCAUUGCCGAGUGGCUAAAUCUGCUGGAACUGCAGCAAUAUGAGGAGAAUCUGCAAAUGUACUCCACAGUCCACGAUAUCGGCGAUAUAACCGAUCGGGACCUGAAGCGUUUGGGCAUACGCAGCAUGAGCCAUCGCCAGAAAAUGCUCAACAGCUUGCUCGGCGUACGUGCCAAGCGGAGGCAGUCAAUGAAUUUGGAAGCAAUGCGAAGUGCUCCCUGUGCGGUGCCAGUGCCGCGUCGCAAAAGCUCCUGUCCCUUGGUUUAUCAAGAUGUAAGCACUAUUGAUAAUAUAGUGGGAAGCAAUGAUAGCGGAGGAGCUGCUGUCAUUACCACAAAAAGUGGAAAGGUGCUGAAACAGCUGACAUUCGAUGAACCAGCAACGAUAUACGAGGAAUUAAAACCACGCUCCAAGUGCAACAGUCCGCAUUGGGGCAACAUCGCUGGCGACAUGGAGAACGGCAACAACAGCAAUGCAUCCACCCCCAUCGCCUCCUCGCCCAAUCCGAACGAGCAACAGGAGGCAAUCGCACUGAAGAAGGCCCUCGAAUGGGAGCUGAGUUUGGAUGCUCGGGAACUGCGUUCACAUGCCUGGUACCAUGGUGCACUGCCUCGACAACGUGCCGAGGAGAUUGUGCAGCGGGAGGGAGACUUUCUGGUCCGUGAUUGCGCCUCCCAGCCGGAUAACUAUGUGCUCACGUGUCGCAGCAAGGCGGCGGUCUUGCAUUUUGUGCUCAAUAAGCUGGUGCUACAACCUGAGACUGUAUACGAGCGAGUUCAGUAUCAGUUUGAGGAGGACGCCUUUGACACUGUGCCGGAUCUAAUCACUUUUUAUGUGGGCUCGGGCAAGCCGAUCUCUGCGGCAUCUGGUGCAUUGAUACAAUAUCCAUGCAAUCGCACAUAUCCACUCUCCUUCUAUGGCCACAAGAUUGUGGGCAAUCAGCUGCACACACAAAUGCUGGCUGGAUUACGCGGCUUGAGUCCCUUGAACUCACCAAUGGGCAGCACAACAGGAGGCAGCGGCGUGUUUCGCUUUGGUCAGGUGGCCAGUGAAGUAUCACAAGCAGCAGGAACGGCACAACAGCAGCCGGCGACUCCCUCGAGUCCACAUUGCUCGCCACCUCGUGUGCGACGUGAGGUGCCACCGCCGCGAUUGCCAUGCAAGAAGCAACAACGCUCGCAGAGCUUGACACCAGCACAAGCAAUGGUUGUGAGCAACAUCAACAAGCAGCAGGAGCAGCAGCAACAGCAGGGGGAAUCAACCAAUGGACAUGGCAUGGCACGCUUUCAGACUAUCGCACGUUGCAAUCCCACCAGCGAUUUGCAGUUGCAGCCACAACAGCUGGAGAGCAAGUUCAGCACUCAAUCCCUGCCACGUCCGAGCACAUCGGCAGCGCAGGCGCUGCGACAACAGGCGGCUGCAAGGAUCUGCAAUUUGGCACGCAACUGCAGCCUGGACACACCGGAUCGACCGCCGAGUCCACCGCCUAAGCCACGCAAGGAGCCAAUGGCUGCUGUGCUGGCCUAUCAAGCCAGUGGCUCCGAUUCGGGCAACGGUUCAGGCGAUUCGGCACCCGGAGAUGUGAGUGACAUUUGUCUGCAACGCGGCGGCGUCAUCAUUAAGAAUCCCAGAUUCAUGACUAGCUCGGCCUCGAACGGCACGCUAAAGAGCUUCACCGAAUUCGAUGCCAUGGCUGCUGAGGAGCAGCUCUUCUCGCUGCCCAUCGAAGAAUUCAAGCUGUGCAGCAAAUUUGAUUUUGAGAAUUUUGUCACCUUACUGCUGCCAUCGGUGGAGAACAAACCGUUAGACGGCGAUGCACUAAACACCUUCAAGAUGAUGCUGCUAGAGACGGGACCUAAGCUGCUGGCCGAGCAUAUAACACGCAUCGACAUCGGUCUAUUCCUGGACGAACCGUCCAGUGAGCUGGAUUCAUACUUGAGCUGCUCUGGCCUAGAGUUGCUAACACUGCCACAUGGCAAAGUGUUUCGCGAGGACAUCAUCGAGCGCACGCAGUGCAUCAAGCUGAUGGUGGCAGUCACCAUACUCACAUGUCAAACGGACUUGGAUCGCGCCGAGCUGCUGAGCAAGUGGAUACAAGUUGCCGUGGAGACAAAAACAGCGCUAGGAAAUCUAUUCGGCUUUUGUGCCAUCAUGUUGGGUCUAUGCAUGCCGCAGAUUCAAAAACUAGAUCAGGCCUGGCACAUUCUGCGUCAAAAGUACACGGACAGUGCGUUCACAUUCGAGGCGAAACUGCGUCCCACAUUGAGCAGCAUGAAUGAGGCUUCCAAUCCGCAGGCUCCCAACACAACAGUGCCCCAUGUGCUGCUCUAUGCACUGCUCAUCGAUCGACCCGUGCUGGAUAUUAUCAAUCAUGGCAAUAUCGAUGAGCGUCCGGCACUUUAUAACACCUGCAUUGCGCCCUGGGAGUCAAAGGCUGACGACUUUGGCAUGAGCAUUAACUUCCAGCAUUUAGAUGCAUCGCGUGGCUUCCUUAAGAACUUGGAUCUGUAUCGCAAGAAUGCCAAGAUUAUUCUGGAGGAAGCCAGCACCAGACUGGAUGAACUGUUGGCGGAUGCCUUCCGCACCGAAUUUCACGUCAAGUUUCUGUGGGGCAGCUCGGGAGCCACGGCAAAGCCAGAGGAUCGACAUGGCAAACUCGAAAAGGUGCUCACCCUGAUGGCCGAUAAAUUCUGCAGCAUUAGCGCCUAAAUUCUGUAUAAAAAAUACCCAACACAACGAUAUUAUAUGGACUCUAGUUUUCUAAGCCAAACCCAUAAUAUUUACCACAAUCAAAACUCGAUCUAUAAUUACGUCUACGUCUACGUAUACUAGUCUUCUUCAAUCCCAUAACGAUUCAUCUAGCUUCCUGUAAUUUCGUGCUGGUUCUACCUCAGCCUAUGUGAAAUAGAAGCACUUUUGUUACAGUUCAAAUAUUUUAUAAAUGAGAUACAAAACUAUACGCAACUAUUUAAAAGUUUAGUUAAGCCAAAGUAACUACUUAGAAUUUGUUAUAACACGUCUUUCCACCCCAAAAUAAAAUUCACACUAACAAUCUAUAAAGUGAAGUAAUCAAAAUCUACCCUAAUCCUAAAAG